AUGAGAUCAAUACUAUACGCCAACCUUGCAGCGACAGCAUGCGCCUUUCCCCUCUUCGCACGCCGAAGCACAACAUAUAACGUCGUGUCUGUGGACGGCCACGACUCAUUACCACAAGAUCUUCAGAUACGCAACCCAGAGCCUAUACCAGCAUCAUACUCAGUGGUACCGGUCGACGGCGGUCCAAGUGCCAACGUACCGAAUAAUGCACCGCCUCCGCCUCCAACAGCGACACAGACCGAGACACUCAUUGCCACGCAUUUGGCCACGAUCACAAUAACGGACCAAGAGACACCGGCAACGGUGGUUGUGACGGUGACUGAGCCUGCAGCAGCACCCGCACAGCCGACCGUCACGCCGCCACGAGAAAUCGUUACGGUGACCGAUACUGUGUCUGCGAGUGGAAUUCCACAGACAACACCGUACGACAACGGGAUGUGGCACACAACGUAUUACUACACCACUGUGAUACCGACGCCAUCGUCCACUUCAAAUUCAACUCCAAGCCCAACACCUAGUACAACACAGCAGCAAAACUGGCACAACAUACCUGCUGUGCCAACAUCAUCUCCAUCGUCACCACCCGUGGCCGAGAUUCCGCAACCUGCGACCGAUGCAGAUGCAGACCCGGCGCUUGCGGGUGUUCAGCUGAUUGGGGAGCCAGUGAUGCAGCCACCGGCGGACUCGGACCGAGCGGCGUGGCUAGCGGGUGAGUGGGCACCCUGGGCUCAGGGCGGUCGUGGGAAGGGUGGAAGGUCGUGA